GAAUUCCGCAUUUGUCAUGUUUGCCCCUGGCUUGGAAAACAUGGCUUGUCGAUGGAAUUCGAUUAUUCAGCUGCCAGAUAUCGAAUCAGUGAUGUGGAUCAUGGACCAACAAGGAUUUUGGCAUUUAUUGACGAUAUGAGUCUAUUGUUCUUACAAAUACAAUAAAGAAGAAUUAGAAUAACUUCAUGGUCUCGGAGUUUGCACAUGGAGAUAGAGCAUUGCUUACACCCUACGCCAAGGCUAUUCGUUCACCCCGCGUUAAGGCUCCGCCAAGAUGCAGAUCCAGCCUCAUUCUCGUCCCUUCGAAAUGUAGCAUCACGACGUAAUCAUCAUGCACCGCAGAAUUAGACUAUAGCCUAAAAUACCACUUACUUCCUCUAAAUAUGACGCCCGAUGCGCCUCUUGAACUCUCCAUCGAGAACUUGCAAGCCCUCAAUCGUCUCAACGAUCCUUCCAUACCAGUACCUAUGACGCCCCAAAACAUCCUCAUCCUCGGCGCCGGAGAACUAGGCCUCUCUGUCCUGGAAGCCCUCGCCUCGCACCCCAAGCGUCAACGCUAUUCCGUUCUUCUACGUCAAGCAACGCUUGACUCUGCCGCCCCUGAGAAGAAGAAACUAGUACAGCGCAUUCGUGCCCUCAACGCUGGUUUUGAAGCAGCUGAUGUCGUCAACGCGAGCGUUGAAGAGCUAGCGUCCAUCUUUGAGAAAUACGAUGUUGUUGUGUCAUGUAAUGGCAUGGGCUUACCGUCUGGAACGCAGCUCAAGCUCUCAGACGCCGUGCUUAAAGCGGGCGUGAAGAGAUACUUUCCCUGGCAGUUUGGGAUGGACUAUGAUAUUAUCGGGGAGGGAAGUUCACAAGACCUGUUUGAUGAGCAGUUACAAGUUCGGAAGAAAUUGAGAGCGCAGCGGGAUGUUGAUUGGACGACUGUGUCGACUGGACUGUUCAUGAGCUUUCUCUUCCUCCCAGAUUUUGGGGUCGUUGAUAUCGGGAAUAAGACCGUCAGAGCAUUGGGAAGCUGGGAUAACAGAAUCACACUCACGACACCGACAGACAUCGGGCGCGUCACGGCAGAUAUAAUCCUCGAUCCACGGGGUAUAUCACAUCAGGUUGUGUACACCGCGGGAGAUACUAUAUCCUACGGGGAACUUGCAGAUUUACUGGAUGAGCACUUUGGGAUCGAGUUUGAGCGCGAGGUGUGGGAUCUGGAGGAGUUGAAGAGGCAGAUGGAGAGGGAGCCGAGCACGAUGGUCAAGUAUAGGGAUACGUUUGCGCAGGGCCGUGGGGUCGCGUGGGAUAAGAGUGGGAGUGUUAAUGAGGAGAGGGGGAUUGAGAUGGUUGAUGUGAGGAAGUAUCUUGCCGGAAUGGAUGUCAAGUCAGAUGAGUGAAUGAUGAUGGGUGCUCUAAAGAGGAAGAUGAGUGGUGAGUGUUACCCUACGGUUAUGUGAGUGUCUGCUUUGGGCGUUACACAUUCACCUUGUGCCUUGAUCAAGGGUAACAGCGGUUAGAGAAAAUGCAAUAUUGAUCCAGAGCUGAAAAGCAAUCAAUCACAAGAUUUGAAAGCAAUGUCGACAUACAGUAAAAGUUACAGUGUAUCACAACGUUUACAGCUUCCCGGCUCGUCCGUCCAGCCGC